AUGUCGGAUGGCGAGGCUAAACCCAUUGUACUUGAAUCAGUCGCUCUGGUAGAUGCCGGCCCACUUGGUCCUCACCCAUCCACCAUUCGUGUGUCAGCACCAUUUCUCAGUCAUGCCGCUAUCGACCAGCAUCUAUCACAUGCCCGGAACAACAGUGGCAGCUUGAGCAUAGGACUUGAUGCACAAGAGCGAAGUCUCGCUGAAGCGCGUGAGGACAAUGUGCGCCUCCAAGGGGUGAUUUGGCUGGAUAGUGUGCGUCGCGCGCUGCAGCUGCCAAUCAGGACCUUCACGACUGCGUGCGUGUACUAUCACAAAUUUCGCCUGGCCCAUCCAAGUGUCGAGUACAGUUGGAUUGAUGCUGCGGCUGCCAGUCUGCUCACGAGCUGCAAGAACGAGGACACAUUGAAGAAGAGUCGGGAUAUCUUAGCUGCGGCGUAUAAUCUUAAACAACCCACAACCCAUGAACAUGUCAGCGCAGACGAUCCCAUGUUCGAGGCGUCUAGUCGCAUUGUCAUCGGACUGGAACGACUUGUGCUAGAAAGCGGAGCAUUCGAUUUCCGGAGUCGGUCACCUCACCAUAGCUUGGUCAAAAUCGCGAAGAGCCUCUUCUCGCGAACACCUGGCGAGGAAGGAGUAGACAGCCAUGCUGUGACAGGGUUGGCGUGGACCAUUUUAACAGACAUGCAUCGGACAUUUGCGCCUCUCAAGCAGACAAGCGCCACGCUCGCUCUUGCGAGCCUCGAACUAGCAUUACGACUACAAACAUCCACCAUAGACGAGCUGUCGCCAACAAUCUCGACCAAUCUUUUAGCACUCCAUGACAAAUGGCACUCAUCGAGGCAGGAAGUGAUGGAGACACUCCUCGACGCGCUCGAUCUCUACACGCAUCACACCGCUGCGACAAUUCUUGGAUCGCGAUUUUCCUUGGACGAUUUUCUGCGUAUACGUUUGACCUUCAACAAAGAAUGCAGUUCAUCGAGCCUGCUACGGCAUGCAAACGUGUUGCCCGCUGCGCUUGACAACGGAAAUGGGUUCUCAAAUACGUUGCGUGUCUCCAAUGGGCAUCCUACUCCUGUCUCACCUCCACAACUUGGGCAAACGUCCCAACAUAACAACGGUAUCGCGCCAAUACACCCCAUGGCCGAAGGCGGUGGCACCCUGCGAUUCAUGCUCAAUCCGCAACGCGCCAUUGAUGAGAAGGUCCAGUACAAUCGCUUCCAUAUUGAAAAAUGGGAAGAGUACGAAGAAGAGAUCGAGAUCCCGAUAGUCCAGCCAAGGUCCCGAGAGCGCGACGCCGAUCGCGACCGGGAUCGAGAUAGCCAUGCUAGGGGGUCCGAGAGUGGCAGGCGGCAUGGCCGGGACGACUACUCCCGCGACGAGAGACACCGAGAUCGCGAGCGGGAAGGAGACCGCGACCGCGGCCACCCACGAGACCGCCACGAGACACGAUACGACGACCGACGCCAUGAGGAUCGAGACCGCGACCGGCGCUACGAUUCCCGCCGGGAUAGGGACCGGCGAUAUCAUGACGACGAAUCAAGACGAAGAAGCCGGCAUGAGCGAUAA